GCAUCAGCUGUUAGCUCCGCCGCCAGUCUUUCCGCCGCCGAGCCUCUCGCACCAGGGAAAUAUAUGAGAUCCCCUCCGAUCCCUGAAAUGGCGACACAGGAGGUACAGCUGAACGAGACUCUGGCUCACCUGAAAACGGAGUCGGACACGCUGAAGUCGAAGCUGGAAGACGAGAGAGCGAAGCUGCACGACGUCGAGCUACAUCAGGUGGCGGAGAAGGUGGAAGGCCUGGGUCAGUUUGUCAUGAAGACCCGCAGAACUCUGAAGGGACAUGGAAACAAGGUUCUGUGCAUGGACUGGUGCAAGGACAAGAGGAGAAUCGUCAGCUCCUCGCAGGAUGGAAAAGUGAUCGUGUGGGAUGCUUUCACCACCAACAAGGAGCACGCUGUGACGAUGCCCUGCACCUGGGUGAUGGCCUGCGCCUACGCUCCCUCUGGCUGCGCCGUGGCUUGUGGGGGCCUGGACAAUAAGUGCUCGGUGUAUCCUCUGUCUCUAGACAAGAAUGAGAACCUGGCUGCAAAGAAGAAGUCCGUGGCCAUGCACACGAACUACCUGUCGGCCUGCAGCUUCACUAACUCCGACAUGCAGAUCCUGACAUCCAGCGGGGAUGGGACAUGUGCAUUGUGGGAUGUGGAGAGCGGGCAGCUGCUGCAGAGUUUCCAUGGACACGCAGCAGAUGUGCUCUGUCUGGACCUCGCCCCGUCCGAGACCGGAAACACCUUUGUGUCAGGGGGCUGCGACAAGAAGGCCAACGUGUGGGACAUGCGCUCCGGCCAGUGCAUUCAGUCCUUUGAAACCCACGAGUCAGACAUAAAUAGUGUGCGGUAUUACCCCAGCGGAGAUGCGUUUGCAUCUGGCUCAGAUGAUGCUACGUGCCGUCUGUAUGACUUGAGGGCGGACAGGGAAGUGGCUAUUUACUCCAAAGACAGCAUCAUAUUUGGGGUCUCCAGUGUUGACUUCUCCCUCAGUGGGCGACUGCUGUUUGGCGGAUACAACGACUACACCAUAAACGUCUGGGACGUUCUCAAAGGAACGCGGGUGUCUAUCCUGUUUGGACACGAGAACCGCGUCAGCACGCUGCGCGUUUCCCCGGACGGGACGGCCUUCAGCACCGGGUCCUGGGAUCACACCCUUCGGAUCUGGGCCUGAGCAUCCAGACGCCAAGGAUCCAACCGGAGACGCACUGGCGUUUCUGUUCGCUAGAGUACAAUCACAGAGAAAGAGACUCGACCCUGGUUGUACAUAGAGCAUAUCAAUAGCACUGUACAUAAUCCAAUGUCCUGUUCAGGCUAGAUCUGCAUAUUUCAAAGAGUAAUAAAACCAAACGGCACGCUUGCAUUCAGUACGAGGAAAGAAACUCCUGGUUAAUAUUAGGUUGUAAAAAAUAUAUUACAGAAAAUAUCCGUGGUAGUAGCUUGCAUUGGCCUAGGAUAUGAAGUGACACAGUAAAGUGACGUGUUGUAUGCGCUCAAAUAAAGGACUAUAUUUGUUAGUUUAUUUAUAUUAUGAGCGAUCAUGGAAACAAAUGUGAGCUUUUUAGACGCACCAGUGGGGGUGGAGGGUUCGUCUGGGAAGAUAGGACAGACUUGUAGAAAUUAAUGUUAUUUACUCUGAUGUCAAGUAAAAAUUCAUUUUGGAUAUGAGAGACGACUGUCUUGUUAUAUUAUAUUAAAAAAAAAGAAGUUUGCACUCAACAAAGACUUCUCCUUUUUCAACAGUCACCCAUCCGCCGACCUUACAGGCACAUUUACACAUAAACCUUCAUGGUGGUGAUUUCUCAUCCAUGUCGUCACUUCUCAUCUGUUUUCAGCUCCAACUUCCUCCCAACGUGCACAUUCAGCCACUACAGACAUGUGCAUUUGUGAUCCCCCACGAGUGAAUGAAAUACUGAUACGUUCAGAAUAAAAGGAUGAGAAAGUACUUCUGCUCAUGCCGUGGCUGUAAUUUCAUAUUUACUGUAAGUAUUUUAUUGUAGUUUAGUGUACAGAUAUACAAGAGACUGUUAAUCUGAGUAUUACAACCAUAAUAAAAUCAGUUUUGAAUAUCAA